AUAGGAACUCAGUGUGGUGUAGCACGCGCUUAACGGACGCACGUUGUUGAGAUCCCCGGUUGUGAGGGCUUCUCGAAGUUUCUCUUCAGGGUUCAAUACUCUGCAUUACAGAAACAGAGAACUGCUUAGCGUUCUAUUACAACGCAUUGCUGCAUCCUACUGCUACUGUAUACUCAUACCAAACACUUCACUACAGCUCAGGCCGAGCAGCGGUGGGUUUAUGUCUUUGUUUUACCAAAACGGAGAAUAUUUGGACGACAGGAGCUGCGGAUGGGAAAGAGCUGUUGGACAGCUGUUGAAACCUGUGUGUGGGGAACUUAGUCAGCAAGCUUGCAGCUUGGAGCCUCAGUGGCAAUACCAUUUACAUGUCAGAGACAGAUUCUUCUUGGAGUCGUUUAUGUCAUCCCCUCCUAUCCAGAAAUACAACCCCAAAAAUUGUCAAUUCAAGAUUUUUUCAUCUCUCUGAUAAACCCUACAGCAAGCCAAAAUGUCGGUCAAUGUCAACCGCAGUGUCACCGACCAGUUCUACCGGUAUAAGAUGCCUCGUUUGAUUGCUAAGGUUGAAGGCAAAGGAAAUGGGAUCAAGACUGUUCUUGUCAACAUGGUUGAUGUUGCCAAAGCACUGAACAGGCCUCCAACCUAUCCCACCAAGUUCUUUGGAUGCGAGUUGGGAGCCCAGACCCAAUUCGAUGCCAAGAACGACCGCUACAUUGUCAACGGGUCUCAUGAGGCAAACAAACUGCAAGACAUGUUGGAUGGAUUCAUUCGCAAGUUUAUUCUGUGUCCUGAGUGUGACAAUCCAGAAACCGAUUUGCAUGUUAACGCCAAAAAGCAGACCAUCGGAAACUCCUGCAAGGCCUGUGGAUAUCGAGGCAUGCUGGACACCAGACACAAACUUUGCACCUUUAUUCUCAAAAAUCCACCUGGAACUGAGAAUGAGAGUGGCUCUGUCAAGAAGGACAAAGAGAAGAAGAACCGCAAAAAAGACAAGGAGAAUGGCUCAAGCAGUGGGGAUGCUGAUAAAAAUAAUGGCAUCGAUGCCCCUGAUGCUGUGGAUGGAAACGACGAUGAUGAAGACUGGGCAGAAGAGACCACAGAGGAGGCCCAGCGGCGUCGCAUGGAGGAGAUCAGCGAGCACGCUAAGGGUCUCACCCUGAGUGAUGACCUGGAGAAAACCGUGGAAGACAGGGUUAACAUUUUCUACAGCUUUGUUAAGCAAAAGAAGGAGCAGGGAGUGAUCGACUCGGCUGAUAAGGACAUCCUGGCCGAAGCAGAGCGGCUGGAAGUGAGGGCCAUGGGCCCACUGAUCUUGAGUGAGCUGCUGUUUGAUGAGAACAUACGUGAGCAAAUCAAGAAGUACAAGCGUCACUUUCUUCGAUUCUGCCACAAUGAUAAGAAGUCUCAGAAGUACCUCCUGGGUGGAUUUGAGUGUCUGGUAAAGCUCCAUCAUAGUCAGCUGCUGCCCCGUGUUGCCAUCAUUCUCAAAGACCUAUAUGAUGCAGACCUGCUAGAGGAGGAUGUCAUACUUGCAUGGGCUGAGAAGGUCUCCAAGAAGUAUGUGUCCAAAGAACUGGCUAAGGAGAUCCAUGCUAAAGCUGAGCCCUUUGUGAAAUGGCUGAAGGAGGCAGAGGAGGAGAGUGAGGGCAGUGAAGAAGAAGAAGAAGAGGAGGAGGAGGAAGAUGAGAAUGUGGAGGUGGUGUAUAGCUCCUCUGCUCGUGAGCUGAAGAUGGAAACAACCAAACCAGAGAAAUCUGAAAAAGAGGAGGAGGAUAUCGAUAUCGAUGCCAUUUAAAAAUCAACAUAAAGUAAUGAAGCUGCCGCUCUGCAUAGCUGCCGUCUGUUUAACCAUUUCUGCUCGUCUCGGCUGUAGGCCUGUUACUGCAUUGCUACAAAGCCUUAUUUUAGUCACAUCACGGUCACAUUUGAGAAAUUAACAUUCUAUUUAUAUGCUUGAAAUGCUUUAGAGUAUAGGGUACAAAAUUCCUAUUUUUCCCUUCCUUGUAUUUUUGCGACUAUUAAAGAAUGUUUGCCAGUGAA